AAGUGGAACCGGAAGUACCUUAGUUGUGAAGUAGCACCAACAUGGCCGGUUGUUUUCUACCCAGAGCGGCUGGUUUGUUUCAGCUCCGCCGAACAACGACGCUUCUCACCGGGACCAGGUUUUACCGGGGCCCGGAACCGGAGCCGCCGACGCUGAAACAGCAGAGCGACGGAAUAAGGAGAAUAAUUUUGAACAAUCCCAAGAAGAGAAAUGCUCUGUCUCUGUCCAUGUUGGAAUCUCUCAGAGAAAACCUGAUCACUGACGUGGACAGUGAUGACCUCAGAGUUAUUAUCAUAUCAGCCAAAGGUCCAGUGUUUUCCUCCGGACACGACCUGAAGGAGCUGACGUCCACUCAGGGACGAGAGCAUCACACCAAGGUGUUUCACACCUGUGCUGAGGUGAUGUCUCUGAUACAGGACAUACCCGUCCCGGUGGUUGCCAUGGUGAACGGGGUUGCCACGGCGGCGGGCUGCCAGCUUGUUGCCAGCUGUGACAUCGCCGUGGUGACGGAGCAGUCCACCUUCGCCACGCCGGGGGUCAACGUUGGUUUGUUCUGCUCCACGCCGGCGGUGGCCAUCGGCCGAGCGGUGCCGCGGAAAGUGGCGAUGGAGAUGCUGUUGACUGGAACUCCCAUCUCGGCCCAUGAUGCCUUGCUGCACGGCCUGGUCAGUAAGGUGGUGCCAGAGGAGCGACUGGAGGAGGAGACGCUGGCCAUCGCCCGGCGGGUGUGUCAGGCGAGCCGACCGGUCGUGGCCCUCGGAAAAGCCACUUUCCAGAGACAAAUGGCUCAGGGGCGAGAUGCAGCGUACGCCACCGCCUCCAAGGUGAUGGUGGACAACCUGGCCCUGAGCGACGGGCAGGAGGGGAUCCGAGCCUUCAUAGAGAAACGCAAACCGGUGUGGAGCCACAGAGCUGAGCCAGCUCACGACUGAGGGGAGGGUUUGAUCCCCUCAGCGAUGGACGAUUCAUCCUGAUUGGUGCACAUGGUUUUCAGACAGUGGUGAUUCAUGAUUAUCACCAGGCCUGAGUCACUGUGAACACGGAAGAGUUUUUAAUUUGAACCAUGAGACGGUUUCAUAUUGAACCUUUAAAAAAGCUGCUGAGUGCAGACAAGUCACCAUCCAGACUCAAGAUGAUCGAUGAAUUAACAGACUCAUAAUUACAAAGAAUGCCGAUCUAUGUAUAUUUGUAAAAUGAUAAAUGCAAUAGAGUUACUUUCUAAAUCGUU